GCGCGGCGCGGGCGGCGGGCGCUCCCCUGGCUGGCGGCGCUCGCUAAGAUGGCGGAUUUCCUGCCGUCCCGCUCCGCGCUGUCCGGCUGCUUCCCCGGCUGCCUCCUCACCAGCGGCGAGGCCGAGCAGCAGCGCAAGUCCAAGGAGAUCGACAAGUGCCUCAACCGCGAGAAGACCUACGUGAAGCGCCUCGUCAAGAUCCUGCUGCUGGGCGCGGGCGAGAGCGGCAAGUCCACCUUCCUGAAGCAGAUGCGGAUCAUCCACGGGCAGGACUGGGACCGCGCGGCCCGCGAGGAGUUCCGCGCCACCAUCUACAGCAACGUGAUCAAGGGUGUGAGAGUCCUCGUGGAUGCCAGGGAGAAACUCCAUAUCCCCUGGGGAGAUCCCGCCAACCAGAGUAACGGAGACAAGGUGAUGGCUUUCGACACCCGCGCGGUCACCGUGGUGCAGGGCAUGGUGGAGACCAACGUUUUCUUGGACUACCUGCCGGCCAUCCGGGCCCUGUGGGCGGACAGUGGCAUCCAGCACGCGUACGACCGGCGCAGGGAGUUCCAGCUGGGGGAAUCUGUAAAGUAUUUCUUGGACAACUUGGAUAAACUUGGAGAACAAGAUUACCUUCCCUCACAGCAAGACAUCCUGCUGGCACGAAGACCCACCAAAGGGAUCCACGAGUACGACUUCGAAAUCAAAAAUGUUCCUUUCAAAAUGGUCGACGUGGGCGGGCAGAGGUCGGAGCGGAAGCGGUGGUUCGAGUGCUUCGACAGCGUCACGUCCAUCCUCUUCCUCGUCUCCUCCAGUGAAUUCGACCAGGUGCUCAUGGAGGACCGGCAAACAAACCGCCUCACCGAGUCCCUGAACAUUUUUGAAACAAUAGUCAAUAACCGGGUUUUCAGCAACGUCUCAAUCAUCCUCUUCCUAAACAAGACGGACUUGCUUGAGGAGAAAGUACAGAAAGUCAGCAUCAAAGACUAUUUCCCAGAGUUCGAAGGGGAUCCCCACUGCUUAACAGAUGUCCAAAAAUUCCUGGUGGAUUGUUUUCGCACGAAACGCCGGGACCAGCAGCAGAAGCCCCUGUACCACCACUUCACCACUGCUAUUAACACAGAGAACAUCCGGCUAGUGUUCCGUGAUGUCAAGGAUACCAUCCUGCACGACAACCUCAAGCAGCUCAUGUUACAGUGAUGUGCAGAAAGACAUUCUUGUUUCAGUAACUCUCGUGUGUUGGUUUGUUUUUUUUUUGUUUUUUUUUUUUUUAACUAGAAGUUUACAGCAGGAGUAGAGAAAUCCAGAUCCUGUCAGACUUCUUGGUAUGUGGCUAAAAGCUGCUGCUGAACACAUUAUUGCCAAUUUCUGCAGAAAUUCAGGCUUAAAUCUCUUCCAGUGUAGCUUCAAGUUGACUCAAGUUGUAAUUCUAUAGCAGACCUAUGUCUGAGUUACCUGUAAAGUGGUAAAUUUGACCUUUUACAAACAUGUUUAUCAUCCUAGAAAAUUCAGAAUUCCAAGUCCAGACUUCCGUGAAAUUGUUGCAAUUAUUAGACUGUGGCAGUAAUUUGGGGGUGGAGGGGGGGGGAGAAACUUUUCACAUCUAACUUCAUUACGAAUGACUGUGAUACCGUAGCUGGCUUAUGAUUUCUCAGGUCUGUUUUUGGUUAGAAAUCCCCUCCAUCCCUUGCUGGAAUCACCUGUUCGAAGCGCGGAUUCCCGGGCGUAACGUACUUCCUGUUCGAGUAUAAACCUUAGCCUCGGGUUUGAAUGGGAGAUGCUUUAAAGAUGCUUAAAAUUGGGAGCUCCAGGCGUGUCUGGCGGGAAGUGAUGAGUCCAGGGACGAGGGAUUGGUGGUUGGCACAGUACACGGAUUCACUCCGGGUGCGUCUCGGAGCCAUGGCGAAGCACAGAGCACUCUGGUCUGGUCUCUGGACAUCCUGAUGUGGGAAGUGGUGGGGAGCAAGCUCAGCUUGUGUUUCAUGUCUUCACUAAGCAGAUGUUCCACGUAGGUAACCUGUUCUCGAAGCGCUUCGACUUAGCACUGGUUUGUUUUUAAUUCCCAACUCCUUCCAAGGUGCCUCCUCGGAGCCCAGUGGGGCUCGGUGAUGGAGAGAAGUACUUGCAAACCUAAGUGCCUCCUUGUGUUCUGUCCUCCUCUGGUAUUUUCAGUGGCCUUAUUGAGUUCCCAGCAGAGGCCUUGUGUAGCUGACACCGUGGAGAUGAAUGUGUUCUUCUG